GCGGGCAGCACCUCCCGCCGAGCGGGGCGUGGUCGGCCAAACGCUCAACUCCUGGUAACUUUUCCGAGCCCGGCCGCGGCGCUGGGGCCGCUCCGCUCCGCCGCCCCCCGGCUCUGGCAGGGCUGGGGCUGGGGCCGGGGCCGUGGCCGGCAGCCCGCCCGCCACUUGAUUUCUCCCGGGGGACAGGGGCGCGCCCCCCUCACCCGGACUCCGCCGCAAGGCAAAGGGGAUAAGGCGACCCCACCGCCUUAGCCAGAGCAAGCCUCGGCCGGGAGAGGGGGGGUCGGGCGCCCUCCUGCGCCAGCAGCCUCGGCCGCGGUGCCUCCCGGGGAGGAGGGGGGCGACAUGCCAUGGAAGGCCGGGACUCCGGACCGCUGGGCUUGGAGCAAGUGCUAGCGCCUUUCGGGGGCCGCCAGCAAGAGGGGACGGCGCGGCUGCUCCCGCGGGAGCCCUGGCGAGGCAGCUCCGCCGAGCAAGAGCAAGAGGGGGCGGCGGCUGCGCUGCCGCUGCAGGAGCCUUGGGGCGAGCCGGAGCGGGCCGGAGCCUCUCCCCCGCCGGAGGAUGGGGAGCUGCUGCUGGGGCUGCGCCGCCGCGGCGGGCGGUCCCUGUCGCUGCCCGCUAGCCCCAGCCUGGCGGCCGCCCGGCUCUUCCAGCCGCCGGAGGAGGGCAGCGCGGGCUGCUGCACCAAGUGCAAGAAGCGGGUCCAGUUCGCCGACGCGCUGGGGCUGAACCUGGCCAGCGUGAAGCACUUCAGCGCGGCGGAAGAGCCGCAGGUGCCGCCCGCCGUGCUCUCCCGCCUGCGGCGCCUGCCCCUGGAGGAGUUCAGCGCCGCGCUCGGCCUGGGCUGCGGGGGCCGCCCGCCGCCUCCCCUGCAGCUGGUGCCCGACUUCCAGCCCGCCGGGGCGCUGGCGGCGGCCGAGCGGCUGCGGCGGGACCGGGUGUGCCUGGAGCGCCUGGGCCGCCCCGCGGCGGCCCUGGACGUGCGGGGCACCGUGCGGGUGCUGAGCUGCCCGGGCCCCAAGGAAGUGACGGUGCGCUACACCUUCAACGAGUGGCUCUCCUUCCUGGACGCCGCGGCCCUGCCCCUGCCCCUGCCCGGCCCCGAGGGGAGCGACCCCCCCAGCGAGCGCUUCCACUUCAGCCUGUGCACCCCGCCCGGCCUGCAGGAGGGCUCCGCCGUGCACUUCGCCGUCUGCUACCGCAGCCAGCAGGGCGAGUACUGGGACAACAACGGGGGCAGCAACUACACCCUGCGCUGCUGCCGCCCCGCCCCCGGGGGGCUCCCCGCGGCGCCCAGCACAGACCCCGGCCACGGCGACCCCACCGGGCCCCUCUGCUGAGCGCCGCCCGGGCCAGCCGAGAACCACACCAGCCCUACCCCGCCUGGGGCAGCCCCUGCCUUCAGCUUAGCCCGGGAGCAAACCGCUUGGGGGCAAAAGCAGCGCCCUACUCUGAGCCUAGCUUGGGGGCAAACAAGUCGCCAGUCAGCCAGUGCCUCGCAGGGAGCCUGGGGCCGGCCAGCCACCCAUUGUGCCGACCUUGCGAUGGGUGGGGUGUGGUAACAAGCAGCCGGCUAUGACUGUCCUGCCCUUGAACCCAGCAGGUAAACACGCGGUGCCAAGCUUUAGCUGUCAGAUACCACUGCAGUGUCCUAUCCCCUGUACUCGCACCCUGGAACAACCCUGCACCACUUUCCCGGGGAGCCCUUGCUGCAUAGUCCCUGGUUUCUGAGCCUCCCAUUGGAAUGGCUUGUUUUGGGACCUCCUACCAUCAGCCUUAAAGUUGUAGAAUAAGCUAGGUCUGACCUGUUGGUUCCAGUAUUGUUAGUUCACCAUUUUUGUAAAGGAAAUGAACUCUCAAGAGCUGCGAGAAAUCAGCACAGUUGCCUCACGUAGACUUUUUCUCUUUUAAAGUUGUUUAAAGAGAACUGGAAACAAGAUUUUUGUGAUUUAUUUAAAAAAAAAAAUUUCUCUAACUUGAUGGUGGUGCCUUAUGUGAAGUUUCCUAUUUAAUACACUGAAUUUAAGGAGAGAACUUUAAAUCCAGUGUUGUGACUGUGCUAUGGUUAUGCAUUAGGCAUUUUUCUUUGGACUGACAGAUAAUGCACGCACUUUCCCUUUUAUGGGUAUGUAGGCAUUUCUUAGAAACAGGGACAGAUGUAGGCAAAAACUGAGUUAUUAUUAUGACUUGCAGAAAUCCAGCUCUUUUUUGAGAGGGAGAACUGGGCGAAGGUCAGUCGCCAACCCCCAUAGUUCUUAAGUCUUGAUUCUACAAACACAUGGGUUC